AAGUUCCGCUCCUUUUGUAGUUUAUAUUUUAUAUUUACUAUAGUAAUUGUGUUCGUGACAUUUUGCAUGAAAAACGAAACAAAGAAUGCUCUUAUUGACAUAGUUUUUUUCAGUAGAAACGACAAGAAAUUCAGCGGAAGAAACUGGUUAUUGCAAUUAAGAAGCACCUCAAGUAAUAUUUGAACCACCUCUCUAUUUGAUAUAGAACUGUUAUCUCCUGUCUCCAUGGCAUCUACUUCACUGCGAGUAAAAUUAGGCGACAGGGUUGAUGCCAUCUCGAAUGGUGCCAUAAAAUCUGUGAAUGGAGGUGCGCCAGUAAAAGUUGAUUCUGCCACAAGUCGGAAAGAGAGAAGGAAGGACUGGUGGAGCAAGAAGAAGAAGGGAGGAAAUAAGAUGUCUUCACCUCCGGCCAAAGAAAAGGAGAAGGCGCCACCACCGCUAGUCGCAGAGGACAACACAGUGGAGGGUGACCAAGAGUCGGCACAAGGUUCCGAGAGUCUGAGGAAGAAAUUGAGGAACAGAGAAACCAUUGCCAAACCAGACAGUCUGAAAUACGAACCAGACUUAAACAGGGGAUUCCACAGUAAAAUCAUCCAGAACCUUUAUGUGGAUACAAGAAGGAAGAAAAAGAAGGGGGGAGGAGGAGGAGGAGGAGGAGAAAAACCUCUGCAGACAGACUCGGGGGAGGCGGUGAAGAGGAAAUCUGACACAGCAGAAAAUCAGCAGCAGCAGCAGCCGCAGCAGCAGGUGAAGAAAGCAAAGGCAGCAGUGGUGGAGGACAGCCAGGUGUUUGAUUCCUACACAUUCUCGCUCAGUCUGAUCAACGGACAGAUUGACACCUCCGCCAACGAGGCCAACAAAGACUCGAAAAAAUAUGUGUUGUUCGUCGGGAACUUGCCUUAUGACGUGACGAAGGAGCAGUUGGAGGAGCAUUUCAGGAAGACGGGUGGCAUCAAGUCGAUCCGUAUACCCAAAGAGAGAGGGUCAGACAGAGGCCGGGGGUUCGCAUACAUGGAGUUUGACGGCCGCAUAAGUCAUGGGAUCGCGCUCCGCCUGCACCAGACGACACUCGGCGGACGUAAGAUCAACGUAGAGUUCACCUCGAUCGGCGGGGGCAGCUCCGACACCAGGCGGGAGAAACUGAAACAGAAAAACCAGAAGAGACGCAGGAUGAAGAUGCAUUGAGGAGAUCUACGUUCAUUGAGGGGAGGGGAGGGGGCAGGGGGGUUGGGCAUGUUAUGAGGUUAUUUUAUUCCUGCUGUCACUAACAGGGUCGAAGGUGGAGACAUUGUAUUGGGACACUUGACGGGGAACACAGUAGCAGAAGAACAGACGAUGCUCUGAGAGAGGUGGUCAGCCUUGCCAACUCACUACCUGAGAAUUACAAAGUUUUCUAUGUGAGAUUUUUGGCCGUUUUGAGUUACCGAGACCAUAAGGUCAGCAAUCAAAUGUGUCUUGACAUGGUGGAAUCAGGCGCUUGUCAAUUUUUGGGCUUCUCUAGUUAUUGGUAUCAUCUGAAAGCUGAUGUA